GGAUGUCAUGAACUAUCACAUCCAGGCAGGGGAGCUGAAACUGUACACAGAACACCCCUCUAAGCUGAUUCCGGUGAAGCGCAUCAUCUUCCAAGACAACUACUUAGGGCACACCGUGAACGGGGGUGACAUCGCGCUAGUGGAACUUGACCACCCGGUGAAGCUCUCCCACCAGAUCAGAACCAUCCAACUCCCCGCAUCCGGGUUGCAGCUCCGGGUGGGGACCCCCUGCUGGGUGACCGGCUGGGGGAACGUUGGAGAAUCGGAGCCACUGCAUGACCCAUUUCCACUGAAGGGAGUGAAAGUUCCCAUAUAUAACACUAAUAAAUGCAAGCGGAACUACCAGCGGAUAAACGCAUUUAUCCUGGAUGAUAUGAUCUGUGCUGGGUAUGAUAAAGGAAAGAAGGAUUCCUGUAAGGGUGACUCCGGGGGGCCACUGGUCUACAGAAGUCAAGGUGCCUGGAUACUGAUUGGGGUGGUGAGCUGGGGACAAGGAUGUGCUCGGCCCCACUUCCCAGGAAUUUAUGUUAAUGUCUCUCACUACGUAGACUGGAUCCGUUGGAAAAUCCGCUGAUAUUUGCAGGCUCCCCCUGCCUGGGUCCUUGCCAUUUCCUUCUCACUAGUUGCUGCCACAUUUCCUAAGGAUCUAAGGACGCCAACCUGCUCCCUCCACCUGCUCCAGAGAUCCAAACGCUUCUGAGGAAACCUCCC